GGCAUGUCUGAUACUGCUAACCACCUACUCUUCUUUUUUGGCAACAUCACUCGUGAGGAGGCAGAAGAUUACUUAGUCCAGGGGGGCAUGAGUGAUGGACUCUACCUGCUGCGCCAGAGCCGCAAUUAUCUGGGAGGAUUUGCCCUCUCUGUGGCCUAUGGGAGGAAGGCACACCACUAUACCAUUGAGAGGGAGCUCAAUGGGUCCUAUGCCAUCGCAGGUGGCAGAACCCACACCAGCCCUGCUGAACUAUGUCACUACCACUCCCAGGAGUCUGAUGGUCUCAUUUGCAUCCUCAAGAAACCUUUCAAUAGACCCCCUGGGGUGCAGCCUAAGACUGGACCCUUUGAAGACUUGAAGGAAAAUCUCAUCAGAGAGUAUGUGAAACAAACAUGGAAUCUGCAGGGUCAAGCUCUGGAACAAGCCAUUAUCAGCCAGAAACCGCAGCUGGAGAAGCUCAUUGCCACCACUGCUCAUGAGAAAAUGCCCUGGUUCCAUGGAAAAAUCUCUCGGGAUGAAUCUGAACAGAUUGUCCUGAUAGGAUCAAAGACAAAUGGAAAAUUUUUGAUUCGAGCCCGAGACAACAACGGAUCCUUUGCCCUCUGUCUCCUGCAUGAAGGGAAGGUGCUGCAUUAUCGCAUCGAUAAAGACAAAACUGGCAAACUCUCCAUCCCUGAUGGGAAGAAGUUUGACACACUUUGGCAGCUAGUUGAACAUUAUUCUUAUAAACCAGAUGGGUUGUUAAGAGUUCUUACAGUUCCUUGUCAGAAAAUUGGCACAGAUAAUGGGAAUAUAAAUUUUGGGGUACGGCCACCACUUCCAAGUUCCCACUCUGUGACCUGGUCAGCGGGUGGAAUUAUCUCAAGAAUCAAAUCAUACUCCUUCCCAAAGCCUGGCCACAGAAAGGCUUCUGCUUCUCAAGGUAGCCGGCCAGAAAGUUCAGUGUUCAAUGCUUAUGAGCCAGAUCGAGGACCUUGGACCACUGAACGUGGUCCCCAGAGAGAAGCCUUGCCCAUGGACACUGAAGUGUAUGAAAGCCCCUACGCAGACCCUGAAGAGAUCAGGCCAAAGGAGGUCUAUCUGGACCGAAACCUUUUGACCCUGGAAGACAAAGAACUUGGCUCUGGAAACUUUGGAACUGUAAAAAAGGGUUACUACAAAAUGAAAAAAGUUGUGAAAACAGUGGCUGUGAAAAUACUGAAGAAUGAGGCCAAUGACCCUACUCUGAAGGAUGAGCUCUUAGCAGAAGCCAAUGUUAUGCAGCAGCUGGAUAACCCUUACAUUGUGCGCAUGAUUGGGAUCUGUGAGGCUGAGUCCUGGAUGCUGGUGAUGGAGAUGGCAGAACUGGGUCCCCUCAAUAAAUAUCUGCAACAGAAUAGGCAUGUCAAGGAUAAGAACAUAAUAGAACUGGUUCAUCAAGUUUCCAUGGGAAUGAAAUAUUUAGAAGAGUGCAAUUUUGUGCACAGAGAUCUGGCUGCAAGAAAUGUGUUGCUGGUUACUCAACAUUAUGCCAAAAUCAGCGAUUUUGGGCUUUCCAAAGCACUUCGUGCUGAUGAAAACUACUAUAAGGCCCAGACUCAUGGGAAGUGGCCUGUAAAGUGGUAUGCUCCAGAAUGCAUCAACUAUUACAAGUUUUCCAGCAAGAGUGAUGUCUGGAGCUUCGGUGUAUUGAUGUGGGAAGCAUUUUCCUAUGGGCAGAAGCCGUAUAGAGGAAUGAAAGGAAGUGAAGUAUCUGCUAUGUUGGAAAAAGGAGAAAGGAUGGGGUGCCCACCAGGCUGUCCAAGAGAGAUGUAUGAGCUGAUGAAGCUGUGCUGGACAUAUGAGGUGGAGAACAGACCUGGAUUCGCAGCAGUGGAGCUGAGACUAAGAAAUUACUAUUAUGAUGUGGUUAAUUAA